AUGCAGAGUUCCCCCUUUCAGCAGAGAGGCAUGACUCAGCUGGGUCACCCAGUGGCGCAAAAAGGGGAUGAGGAUGAGUGUGAGUAUAAAGAGGACUACUGUGGCAAAAAUGCAGUUUGUUACAACACAAUUGGUAGCUACUACUGCCCGUGUGAAACAGGAUACCAAGGAAUUUCAGGAAAAGUUCAUUUCACUCAGGAGAACAUGACGGGAUGCAAAGAUAUGAAUGAGUGUUCAAAGAUGACAGAAAUCUGCGGCCCCAGCUCUAAGUGUAGUAAUACCCCUGGCUCCUAUUUCUGCACAUGCAAAGACGGAUUUGUUCUCAGCAACGGAGAGAAGAAAUUUAAUGCAAGCCAAGGUGUUACAUGUGAUGAUGUUUGUAUGAUUGAUGAGUCUCUCUGUGGGGAAGGACACUGCAGCAAGUCUGAAGAUGGCCAUGAGACAGGAUUCACCAACUACGGCUUCAAGACAACGAAAUGCACAAAGCCAAACUGCAGCUUUCUGACGGAGAACAUCUCAGUGCAGUUACAGCAUGACCCUGAGCAGGUCCUUCCAGAGCUGCAACCAGUCAUAGAGGAGUUGAGGAGCAGCUGUGUGAAGCUGAGUGGAGACCCAGAUAUGAGGAGGAUGUGGAUAGUUGACGGAAACACACUGUUCGAGCGGUUCCUCAAAGCUCUAGACGCGAUUUUGUCUGCUGGGCCCCUAAACAGAAACAAGAAGGUGACAACAGUGUUGGAAACAACUGAGAAUGUACUGAAACUGCUAGGACCCCUGCUAUCUAAUAUCAGCAAAUCAAAUGAUGACACAGCUGCAAUGGCUUGGAAAGUCUUUUUUGAUCACAUAAGAAAACAAGAAAAUGAAACACUCAAGAUAAACUCGAAAGUAGUCACAGCAGUGGUCACUAACCCUAAUACGACCCAGCUGAAGAAACAGAUCAUUCUCACCUUCUCUCACCUGCAGCAGCCAUCAGAUGGAAACCAAAUGUAUGUGUUCUGGGACUCCUUUCUGGAUGGUGGUGCAUGGUGCACCAAGGGCUGCACUGUGGUCUGCUCCUGCACUCACCUCAGCAGUUUUGCUGUGCUAAUGACAUGCCAUGAAAUGCAGGAGGUAUUUGAGCUGCAGCUGGUCGCAUGGGUGGGGCUCUCCCUGUCCCUCAUCUGCCUCCUCAUCUGCAUACUGACCUUUGGCUUCAUCUGCUCCAUCCAAAGCACCCGCACCACAAUCCACCUGCAUCUCUGCAUAAACCUCUUCAUUGCGAACCUCGUCUUCCUCGCUGGCAUCAGGCGAAUGGAGAACAAGUUGGGCUGUGCAUUUGUUGCAGGUCUGCUGCACGUCUUCUUUCUGGUUGCAUUGUGUUGGAUGUGCCUGGAAGGUGUGCAGCUCUUUAACAUGGUAGUGCUGGUCUUCAACACCAUGCUGAGACCACUCUACCUGAUGUUGGGUGGUUAUGGAGUUCCUGUCCUCAUUGUUAUCAUAUCAGCCAGUAUCAAUGCCAGAGGUUAUGGCACCAAGCACCACUGUUGGCCCAACCUGAAAGGUGGGUUCACCUGGAUGUUCUUCAGUCCUGUUUGUGUCAUAAUUGGUGUGAAUGUGUUUUUCUUCCUGAUAACUAUAUGGAAGCUGGUUCAGAAAAUUUCCCUUCUCAAACAAGACUUGAGCAAGCUGCAAAAAAUCAAGUCAUUCACAGUCACUGCCAUUGCUCAGCUUUGUGUGCUUGGCACCAUGUGGAUUUUUAGUUGUUUUCAGUUUGAGAGAGGGUCUCUGGUCAUGUCCUACCUCUUCACUAUCUGCCUUAGCCUGCAGAGGGUGCUGGUGUUUGUCAUGCACUGCCUGCUCUCCAAACAAGUGAGAGAAGAGUAUGCCAGGAUCCUGACCAGCCUGUGUGCACAAAAGAAAAAAUCCUCAGAGUUCAGCACAAACCAGCCCAACAAAUCUCAGGCAUCCAGGAACAUCAGUACACGGGAGAGUCAAACAUAUGAAGCAGGCUGGAUCCGCCCACCAGCAGCGCUUUCCAUGUGCACACUUCACCUUGUCUGUAGCCCUUCUGACCACUGUGGGUCUUAACCAAACAUCGAUAAACAUGGUUGGCAAAAGCUCCUUUAAGUACUUUUUUAACUGCUAAAGGCAGUCCAUCCAUGCAUGUGCUGCAGUGAACUUACAUGUAACAGGAUUACAUCUUCGAAAUGGCGUGGCAAAUAGUUUUGUCGUAAAUGGUUCAUAUCUUGUAAAAUUUAAUUUUACUUUUAACUGUUUUUAAAUAAGUGCUAGAUGUAGUAUGUAAACAGUGUUUUAAAAUGCUUUAUCUACACAGUCCACAAAGGCUUAAGCUUCAAAAACAGCCUGUGUUGAAUUCACUGUUAUUAUGAGGUCACAAAAACCAAAACAUUUACACACAUCCAACUAUUGGACCUACUCAUAAGAAGCUGUAAGUAGAGAUUCAGCCCGGACUGCAUUUUAAAUGUGGCACAAUACAGGACAGCCAAUCAGAACAGAGGUCAUU